CGAACGGCUUCUUCCAAAGACUGGCAUCAACCAAACGGCAGCCGCGAGCUCCGGUUUCGACACUGCGGUAAAGCAAUGCGAGAGCGGGAUUUGUGUGCGGUGGGUUGCGAAGGCGACGCCUGUUGUGCGAGAUUUGAAAAAGUCGACGCGAGGUCUUACGACGGACACGGCCAGGACAUCCUGUCUUGUCGAAUCAAGCAUGAGUGGCAAUGAAAAGGUCCUCGUCGUUCUACAAGACCGACCUGGCAGCGGAUGUCAUUGCCAGAGCAGGCGAAGCGCGCCCGAUCCUUCCUGCUACAACCCGACAUGUCCGACAAUUCAACGAUUGCGCAUACACGACUGGACCGUCAAGUUGUCGUCUACUAAACUUGCGCUGCAGUCGAUCGCGGGGUGGGCAACCAAGUUGGGCAGUCGACUCGCUCACGUCGAAGGACUUGGCUGGCUACCGUACCUACCAAUGCGGUUGGCCCUUACACCGGCCCUUCGAGAUGCCAGGGAACGGGGGAGGGCUUCCCGUGUCUGGUUUGCUGAAACACUAGCGGGACUGUGCCCUCCAAUGCAAUGCGGGCGCUCCAGUUUCGCGGCCAGCCACAAGCCCACGAUGUUCGUGAUGGAAUAUCCCCGAUAGCUUCGAUCUCGAGGCUAAUCACGGUGCAUUCGCCCAUCAACCAUCAUACAAACCUCAAGGCAAACUCGACGAGCGUAACACGUGGAGUGGCAUGUGUAGUUUUUGUCCAACUCUAGUCUGUCUGUCGCCAUGGCGGAUCUCGACGGACCACUCAUCCAUUUUUCGCGUGGACAAUAGAUUUUCCUCCGGUGGCGAGAGCAAUUUCGAGAUCCUUCAUGCAGCCGUCAGCCAAACGCAAGCGGCGACACAACGAAGACGGGUCCACACGUCCGAGCGCCAAACUUUUGUGUCGUAGGAAUCGACCGCCACCCCGUCGGCCGUCCACGUCGACGUCCAUGGUGGCCGCUGGAGACUCCCUCGCAGCCAUCUUGAAUGGCAAACUGCACCGGUUCCCAGAGUUCGUCGAGGCCGCGACAGUCUACCACACCCUCCACCAUUCCAAAUCCGCCGUCACCAACUUGCCCAAGGCAUUCGUUGUGCCGUCGCACCCACCGUAUCCUGUCCACUUGCACGGGUUGAAACUCAACACGGCGCAGGUGCGAACGCAUGUCAAGAAUGGCAACGUGCACCCAGAAACGAUCGCGGCCCUCCGCGCGAUCAACUUUGUCUUUGACGUCAACGAGCUCAAGUGGCAGCUCAAGAUCCAAGCGUUCGAGACGUACAAGGCAUUGCACGGCGACCUCAAGAUUCCGCAAGACUUUGUCGUGCCCCGGCACGACCACCGUUGGCCACUCGACACGUGGGGCAUGCGAUUAGGUCUAGCCGUUCGCAGCCUCCGCCAGAAAGCAGACAUGUGCCCAUCCCGUGCCGCGCAGCUCUCGGCGAUGGGGUUUGUCUGGAACAUCCUAGAGCAGGGAUGGGAAAUCAAGGUGCUCGCGCUGUCCACUUACAAGGAUAUAUACGGCGACCUCUUGGUGCCGUACAGCUUCAAAACGCCGUCCGAGACCGACUACCGGGCCAACUGCCCACACGAGGGGCUCCACCGGUGGCCCCAGGAGACAUGGAACAUCAAGCUCGGCCACGCCGUGCACAACCUUCGCCAGAACGUGGACGACAUGCCAGCGAAUCGCCGGGACAUCCUCAACUCGAUGGGGUUUGUCUGGGAUUGUCUCGAACUGAGCUGGGACUUGAAACUCACGGCACUGCAGCGGUACAAGGACCUGUUUGGUGAUGUCGUGGUUCCGUAUGGAUUCCGCGUUCCAAAGCAUGACUCCCAGUGGCCAAAAGACACGUGGGGCUUGAAACUGGGCCAUGCUGUCCAUAACAUGCACCAGCAAGGGCUGGACAUGCCGCAAGAUCGACGCGAGGCGCUCAAGUGUCUAGGAUUUGUCUGGGAGUAUGCCGUCGAUCCAGUCACGUGGGAAACUAACCUCCAAGCGCUUCACUUGUACAAGAAAUUCCAUGGUCACAUCGACGUCCCAUCGCAUUUCAAGGUGCCCAUGCCAUCUCACAUGUGGCCACAAGAAAUGUGGGAUUUCCAGUUGGGAGCUGUCGUCGGGGCCCUCCGCCACCAUAAACACGAAUUGCCGAUACACCAUCGACGCUCGUUAGAUUCCAUGGGGUUCCUGUGGCAAAGACCUGUGCAGCCGAUGCUACAAUGUCCGCGGACAUUUCGGGCUGCACGAGGGGCUGCACCGGUGCGUCGGCGUUGGGCCCUUCAAAGUCCAUGGCUGGACUCUCCGACGACUUGGACGACUUCCCCGCGAAAACAAAUCGCUGACGAGGAAGUCGACUCCCCUGCGACUUGGCUAGUCGUUUUGGAUGCCCUUCACACGUAUGCCUGGCUGUACGGCGACGUGGUCACCAUUCCAGCCAACUUCAUUGUACCCAAGGACGUGAACUUGUGGCCUCGGCACACCUGGCAGUUGCCGCUUGGACGAUGGUAUCAAGUCCUUCAACGGUACGACAUCCAACCCCCGCCGAAUGUGCAACAAGCACUUGCCAGGAUUGGCAUCGCAAGCGUUGACGCGUCAAGGCAACGAGGAGAGUCCAUGGAUGCGAUGCCCGAUGAACGGUAUUCGACAAGAGCGCCAGUGCUACCCCGUUUGCCAGAAAUGAAUUGGUAAUGGAGCGCGGUUGAAUGGACGCCUCGCCGAGACUUUGGUCGUAUUGUGCUCAUUUGUGGGGCGCAUCUGGUCGACGUCACAUACCAGAACAUGAAUGGUGCUUGCACGAAUGCACAGUGGUAGCCUGGAACACCCCCCUUCCAGACCCGGCGAACGCGCCGACGUCAGCCCCCUAACGAAGACAAUAGAAAACGAUCCAUCAUCA